AAAAGAGUGGUAAAUCAAGCAAGAUAAGCAUGGCAUUCUACAAUAUUAGAGUUAUUGAUAGUGUACUCAAACCAUGAAAGGGACGGUCAUGAAGGCCCUUUCACAAUACUUACAAGUAACAAGUCAUUUUCUAGCGACAUCUCAUACUAUGCAUCAGGACAAUAAAUACGCCUCAUCUCGUGAGCUUUCAUGCUCUGUCAGGCCACAACUAUCUACAUUUCCAAACUAGUUCUUUUGCUUUUGGAUCUAGCCACCACCCUCCCUCCCUCAGCCCCUCAAACCAAUGGAUCCUUGUGUUCGACUCUUGCUGGUAACGUUUCCAGGACAACCGCAAAUCAACCCCGGCCUCCAAUUUGCCAAGCGCCUCCUCAAAAUGGGGGUCGACGUCACUUACGCAACAGCCUUUUCCGCCCUCAAUCGCAUGACCAGAAGCACGACUACUCCACCAGGUUUGACGUUUUUCGGCUUCUCUGACGGCCACGACGGCGGGUGGGGAAUGGACAAUUUCGACCUGUACAUGGAAGAGCUAAAGAGACACGGAUCAGAGGCUGUAGCAAAACUCAUCAAAUCACAGGCUGAAACAGGCCAGCCUUUCUUCCAUGUGGUUUAUACCACAUUUGUCCCUUGGGCAGGCAAGGUUGCACAUGAUCUUCACGUGCCGUCCACUUUCCUCUGGAUUCAACCAGCCACCAUCUUGGAUAUUUACUUUUAUUACUUGAAUGGCUAUGGGGAUUCCAUUGGGGACAACAUGAAUGACCCCUCAUGGUCAGUUGAAUUACCCGGAUUACCACCAGUAACCGGCAGUGACCUUCCCUCUUUUUUGCUUGCUUCAAACACCUAUAAUUUUGCACUCAAGUUACUAAAAGAGCAUUUUGAUGUGCUUGAUGCCCAAAACAAUCCGAAAGUACUAGUAAACUCCUUCGACGCUUUGGAGUCUGGAGCCCUCAGAGCAAUCGAGAAGCUAAACUUGGUUGCUAUUGGACCGUUAAUCCCGUCGGCUUUCUUGGAUGGAAAGGAUCCUUCAGACAAUUCUUUUGGAGGAGAUCUCUUCGAAGAUUCGAAAACCUAUAUCAAAUGGUUGGAUUCAAAGCCUAGUGAAUCUGUUAUUUAUGCAGCCUUUGGAAGCUAUUCUCCAAUAGCGAAGCAACAGAUAGACGAGAUAGCACACGGGCUGCUUGCUUGUGGAAGGCCGUUUUUGUGGGUGGUGAGAGCCACUGAAGACGAGAAGCUGAGUUCUAAAGAGAAAUUGGAACAAGAAGGAAUGAUAGUUCCGUGGUGUUCUCAAGUGGAGGUUUUGUCACACCCAUCGAUUGGGUGUUUUCUAUCUCAUUGCGGGUGGAAUUCUUCUUUGGAGAGCUUGGUUUUCGGGGUUCCGGUUGUGGCUUUUCCGCAGUGGUCGGACCAAGUUACGAACGCAAAGCUUAUUGAAGAUGUUUGGAAGACUGGAACAAGAGUGAAAUCGAAUCUAGAUCACUUAGUCGAGAGUGAUGAGAUUAAAAGGUGCAUAGAAAUGGUGAUGGGCGGGGAUGAAAUGAGGACGAAUGCUAAGAAGUGGAAGGAAUUGGCAAGGGAAACCGGUAAAGAAGGUGGAUCAUCGGAUAAGAAUCUCAAGAUUUUUGUUGAUGAGGCCAAGGCUAAUAAAGUAGAAUGAACUGGUCUAUUUGAUUGAUAGGGGUUUGUGGUAGAAUGAUGCUUCCUUUUCGAUUGGUUGGUUUGGAUUUUCUCCCUCGUCACCACUGUUCUUGGGCAAGUGACAUCUUGUCGUAAUCCAUCUUUGUUGUUUUCUUGAGAGGUUUUAUGAUAUUAAUUUGUACGAGAAAUAAGUGAAAUAUUCUUUCACACUAA